GUCGAAUCCACAUCUUCAACACAAAUGGUUGGAGUCUGCUAUUCUGCUAUUACCUUCAUUGAGAUUGGGAAUGCCUUGACUUGGCAGAAGAGUCAUCGAUAGUUUUCAUCAUGUAUUGAACGUUUGUCAUUCUUCCGCACUGUGAUAGUCCGGGCCAUUCAUUGUUGCUUCUCCACCAAAUGGCUAUCGAUGACUCCUCAAUCCAUCUUUCUGGCGGCUCUGGUGUUCUCCACUUUGUAGUAUAAUAGAGUUCACCUUCCCCUCAUUUUCUUCACUUCGCUGUUCAUAUCUACACUUCAUUACUUAAAGCGAUUGUCGUCAAACUUAUCAUCAUGGGAGAAUUGGAUACCAAGCUCGGGGAAGUUUCCCUUAAUGACUCAAACACAUACAAAGCAACGCCUUUUGGCAAAGAAAUGGCCAAGCACUUUCUUUUCGAGCCAGGAUGGAGGAAUUUGAAUCAUGGUUCUUUUGGCACUAUUCCUCGUGCCAUCCGUGAAAAGCAAAGACAGUAUCAAGAUGCUUCGGAAGCUCGUCCAGAUGAGUUUAUCCGAUAUACGUACCCUCGAACUCUCGAUGAGUCACGAGAAGCGUUGGGAAAGCUUCUCAAUGUUCCGACUGACACUGUGGUCUUCGUGCCAAAUGCGACUACUGGAAUCAACACUGUAUUGAGGAAUUUAGCGUGGAAUGAGGAUGGAAAAGACGAAGUUCUCUAUUUUUCUACAAUAUAUGGUGCUUGUGGUUUGACGAUCAGAUAUGUUUCAGAGGCUAGUCGCGGCCUGGUCCAACCCAGACAGAUUACUUUCCAAUAUCCCAUCGAGGAUGAUGAACUCGUUGGAUUAUUCGAGAAGGCAAUUGAGGCUUCAAAGGCCGAAGGCAAACGUCCUCGAGCUGCUGUAUUCGAUGUAGUAGGAUCACUUCCUGGAUUGAGAGUUCCUUACGAAAGAUACAUCGAGAUCUGCAAAAGGGAAAGCAUGUAUUCCAUCGUUGACGGAGCCCACGGGAUCGGUCACGUUUCACUCGAUCUAUCAAAGCUUGAUCCUGAUUUCUUCGUCAGCAAUUGUCACAAGUGGCUCUUUGUCCCAAGAGGCUGUGCCGUAUUUUACGUUCCAGAACGAAACCAAGAUCUAAUGAGAACAACCUUACCGACAUCACAUGGUUUUGUUCCUAAAGGGUCUAGGCCAUUCAAUCCGUUACCGCCAAGCGCCAAGAGCGUGUUUGUCAAUCAAUUUGAAUUUGUCGGUACGAUUGACAACAGCAGUUAUCUGUGCACUACUGAAGCAAUCAAAUGGCGCCAAGAAGUUUGUGGUGGUGAAAAAGCCAUCAUGGAUUACUGUAGUGGUUUGUCACGAGAAGGUGGUAAAGCUAUCGCAAAGAUUCUGGGUACUAAGGUUCUGGAUAAUAGUACCAAUACAUUGACAGAUUGUUGCCUUGUCAAUGUAUUACUGCCAUUGGAAAUCGGAACAUGCAAUAUCGAAGCAUUCUUCAAGAUCAAUGAAGAUACCAAAAUGCAAGCUCACCAAUGGAUGUUGGAAACAUUGAUAAAAGAUUAUAAAACAUUUAUCGCCAUAGCAGUCUUGGACGACAAAUGGUGGGCUAGAUUAAGUGGGCAAGUAUAUCUCGAAAUGGAAGAUUUUGAGUGGGCUGGCCACGCACUUAAAGAACUGUGCGCACGAGUUGGGGAUGGCGAGUAUUUGAAGAAGGAAAAAUAAACAUAUUUCUAACCAUCCUAUGACUUUUUCAGAAUUAAAACGGGGGGUUGGAUGGUGGGUGAAACAUCAGAAUAGUAGUUUGAGCUUUGGUGCGAUUUUGGCGUGGUCAGACUCUGAAAUCGGCCCCUGUAUGCUUCGGUCCCGGUUUAUCAAUUAUCUUUUUACCUCUGUCUUCAAUACCUUUCCA